GGCGCGGCGCGGCGGCAGAGCGGCGGCGGCCAUGGCGGUGUGCGCCCGGUUGUGCGGUGUGGGGCCGGCCCGCGGCUGCCGCCGGCGCGGUGCGGCCAGGGAGCAGCGCUGCGGUACCGCCGACAGCGAGCCCGACACCGAUACGGACCCCGAGGAAGCGGGAGGCGGCGGCGUGACGGAGGACGAUGAAGCCGCGGAGCGCAUUGAAGGCGGGCGGCCGCUGCCGCCUUCUGUCGUGGCCUGCCCGGCCGCGCGGGCUCCGCUGUCCUUGUUGGAGUUACCCCCGGAGCUGCUGGUGCAGAUCUUCGGCUCACUGCCCGGUACCGACCUGCCCAGCCUGGCCCGGGUGUGCACCACCUUCCGCCGCAUCCUCAGCACCGACACGAUCUGGCGGCGGCGCUGCCGCGAAGAAUAUGGAGUGUGUGAAAACCUGAGGAAACUGGAGAUCACAGGAGUGUCCUGUCAAGAUGUUUACGCCAAACGUAUAAACCCUCGGGUGAAGUCGGGGCGUUUUAUGAAAAUCCUGCCCGACUACGAGCACAUGGAGUACAGAGAUGUUUACACCUGCCUGCUGCACCGCUACCGGCACAUCCUGGGAUUGUGGCAGCCGGACAUCGGGCCCUACGGGGGACUGCUGAACGUGGUGGUGGAUGGUUUGUUCAUCAUUGGCUGGAUGUACCUGCCCCCUCAUGACCCUCACGUGGAUGAUCCCAUGAGAUUUAAGCCCCUCUUCAGGAUCCACCUCAUGGAGAGGAAAUGUGCCACGGUGGAGUGCAUGUAUGGCCACAAGGGACCUCACAAUGGCCACAUCCAGAUUGUAAAGAAGGACGAGUUCUCCACGAAGUGCAACCAGACAGAUCACCACCGGAUGUCAGGGGGCAGGCAGGAGGAAUUCCGGACGUGGCUGAGGGAGGAGUGGGGUCGGACUCUGGAGGAUAUUUUCCACGAACACAUGCAGGAGCUCAUCCUGAUGAAGUUCAUCUACACCAGCCAAUAUGACAACUGCCUGACGUACCGGCGCAUCUACCUCCCCCCCAGCAGCCCCGAGGACCUCAUCCAGCCCGGCCUCUUCAAAGGCACCUACGGGAGCCACGGGCUGGAGAUUGUCAUGCUGAGCUUUCAUGGGAAGAAAGCCAAGGGCACCAAGAUCACUGGAGAUCCCAACAUCCCAGCUGGACAGCAGACCGUGGAGAUAGACCUGGCACAUCCUCUGCAGCUGCCUGACAUCGAGAACCUGCGGGACUUCAGCGAGCUCUCCCGCAUCGUGCUGGAGGUGCAGGAGCAGGUCCGGCGGGAGGAGCAGGAGCGGGAGCAGCGGCAGGAGGAGAAGGAGCAUUCCCAGCAGGCUGCCUCCCAGCCUGCCAGCCCCCUGCGAGGAGAAGGUGCUGAGGGGGAAGAGACUGCAGCUGGGGCACAGGGGACGACCCAGGACAAGGCCUCAGCUUCCCAGCCCUUCGUGCUGCCCAUGGGAGUGAUAUCGAGGAAUGAGGAUUAUCCCCGGACCUGCCGAGUCUGUUUUUACGGGACAGGGCUCAUUGCUGGCCACGGCUUCACCAGCCCCGAGAGGACGCCGGGGGUGUUCGUCCUGUUCGACGACGACCGCUUCGGCUUCAUCUGGCUGGAGCUCAAAUCCUUCAGCCUCUACAGCCGCAUCAAGGUCUCCUUCCAGAACGCCCAAGCGCCUUCCCGGGAGGCCUUUGACGAGAUGCUCAAGAACAUUCAGCCCCUGGCUACUUGAUGAGUGUUUGUGGUGAAGGACAGGGCUCGGGGUGGCAAAGGCUGCUCCCUGGGGCAGGGAGUCCUUGCUCUCGGUACCUCUGGAUAGAAGCAUGCACUUUGAAUAAAGCCUUUGUACCCCAAACGUGCACACAUCCCACUUCAGACAUCCCUGACUGCCCUUUCCUCUGUGCCACUCCACGCUGCUCCCCAGAAGUCCUUGUUUCCCAGUCUGUGCUUUGGAGAGCUGAAGGGAUCCUGCAGAGGAGGGAACAGACCUUCCUGAGUGCAAACAAAUAAUGUAUUGGGACAAAACCAACUUCUGGUCAGAGCUGGACAGAGGAACAGGCAGUGAUGAAACACAUCCUCCUCUCCAGAAACCUUUCUGUGGGUGCAGCAGUGCCAGGAGGGGCUGGUGUGAUACCUCCAUCCUUGCUAAUUGCAGUGUGUGCUUUCCUCUGGAGAAUUCCCUCAGCCAGGACAGGAUCCCCACUGCAGAUGAGUGUGUGCAGCAUUGUCCUGGCUCCUGGAGCUUGUUGGAUGUGCUGUUUCUGAAGCUCCAGGUCUGGGUGUCUCCCUGAGAGCUGAGAUGAUUUUUUUUCUCCUUGCAGGAGCUGAGUGUGGGACUGGAGAUGGGUGCAAACUGCAAAAGCUCUGAUGUGUUCAGACUGGUUUGCACCUGAAAGGUUUCCAGAUGGGCAGCAGAAGGUGCCACAUGUCACUGGUCCUGUGUGACCCCAGGGAUGCUGUUCCUGUUCAGGUUUGCCCUUCAGAGCCCAGGGUGACAAGGGAUUGUCCUUGUACUGUGUGGCUUGUUCUGGCUCCUGGAGUGGUGGGUGCUGCUGCCCCUCUCACAGAGCCCUUCUUUCCCUUUCUAGUUGCACUUGUUUGAUCCCAGAUGGUUUUGUGGCAGAUCUGAUGCUUCAGUGGGAAUUACGUGGUGCACAAGGGAGCAGAUUCCCUCUAGACUGUGCUGUGCAGGAAAAUCCUGGCCAGUGCUCAUCUCCAGGCUCUGCUAGAAACCAUCAGCACUACACAGCCCUUUGUUGCAGCUGCCCUCUGGCUGUGAUGACAAACUCCAGGUCCCUUCUCUUCUCCCCAGAUCAGUGUCUAACAAAACCCUGCGGUUACAUCUCUGCAGUUUUAGGUCUGUAAAUGUGUCUGUAUCUGUGCUGGGAGGUUUCAGACCCCUUCUGUGGAGAAGUUUCAGUCCCUGCCUGGUUCCAGUGCCUGUGAGCAGCUUUUCUUCUCACUCUCACAAGGGCUUUUUUUCCAUUUCUGGCUCUCAUGUGUUCCCUCAGCUGUGUGAGAAGCCAGGCUCCAGCAGAGACAGCAAGCAGCAGCUCAUGUCACUCACUGGAUUAAUUCCUGUCUCUCUGGAUAGAGCUCUCCAAACCUCUGGGAAUGUCAAGGUGAUUUAGGGCACUUUUUGCUUUGUUUCCUGCAGCUUUGUGAGGAGUGGCAAGGCUGCCUCGGUGCUGGGGGUGAGGAGCUGAAUGGGAGGAGCAGGGUGGUUGUGAGAGGUUUUCCUGCAGAGGGAAGAGCCAGAAUCACCCGGGGCUGGGAGAGAGGGAGAGGCUGCUCCCUGUGCCUCGCUGAGCGGGCACAGAGGGGACCUGGAGCUGCAAUGGCACAUCUCAGCCUUGUGCUGCAGCUGCUGAGCUCUGUGCAGCUUUGCAGACAGGUUUCUGGGACAGCUAAGGAUGUUCAGUGCUGGGUUAUUGGUUGGACUUGAUCUCAGAUCUUCUCCAGCCUAAAUGAUUCUGUGAUUAGCAAUUUAUUUGGUAUCUCAGUGGCCUGUUCAUCUUGGAAUUUGCUGUUAGGCUGCUGCAGUUCUGCCUUGUGUUCUAACAGCCCAAAGGGAUGGGAGAUGUGCCCUUGGGCUGCUGUUCCCAUUGCCUGUCCCUAAAGCCAGCUCUUCUUCAGCUGAAUCUGUAGCUCUGAUUGCAGAUUCCUCCCCAUUUCAAUAUCCCCACAAAAAAUCCUAAAAUUUUACACAGCUGACUUGAUAAUUUUUGCUUUUAGCUUUUUUAAUUAAUUAAACUUUUUUUAAUUAGAUGAAAAUCCAGAUUGCAUUGAUUGUCCUGCAAGUACCUGAGGCUUGAGUCACUCUCCCAAGUACUGACCUGUCUGUAGCCUCUGUCCUUUGUCACCUGGACAAGGUGUCACCUGUUUGUUGUUGGCACAGGUUGUGCAUCUGCUCUUCUCCAGGCUGUUUGUCCCUUCUGAACCUUUUCAGUGGCAGUGCCAAGGGUUUCCUGAUGGCCAAGCCUGCUUGGCUGCCUGGAGAGAAAGGCUUUGGUGGAGGCUGAAGCCUGUGGGAAUUUUCCCAGCUCUGCCUUGCCCCUGUAGUGGCAUCUUUUUAUUUAUAACUCACCUGGCUGGCCUCAAAAUGUCGGGAUAAUUCCUGAUUAAAGGGAAAAAUGCUUUACCCCUGGCUUCAUUCUGUCUGGAGCAAAGGAAACGGCAAAUUUUGUAUUAAUGUUCUUCUGAUGCCUUUUCUCACCUUCUGCUGCUCUAAGCCUGACAGGCUUUUGUGGCAUUUCAGAAGAAAAUUCCCUCUGGUUUGGCUGAGGAUGAGGAAAACAUCCAGUGAAGAUGGAUUUGGGAAUGCUGGGAUGCUCCUUUGUGAGUCCUCUGCCAGUGCUUCCAGAGCAAAGCAGGAUAACAUGGGGUUAAAACUCCCAGCCCUGGAAUCUUUGGGAAAGGGGAGACAGAUUUAGGAGCAGGAGGUCUGGAUUUGAUCCCCCGUGGUGAGGGGGAUGCUCCUGCAUUCCCAGUGCUGCCUUUCCUCGUGGGAAGCUGUGCUGACAGGACAGGCCUUGGCUGUGUUUGCUUAUGCUUGGUACAGGCUGUUCCACCCCCUGCACAGCUCUGCAUUCCCACUGCUCUCCCAAAUCCCAAUUUUGCAGCCCGUUGGGAUCUUUGUGAGAGCUGUUGACAGGGAUAAUGUGUGCUGGGGCCCUGCAGAUGGUGAUAAAUCUCUGCUGCCGACGUCUCCUCGUCCUUUUGGCUCUGCAGGAAAUCUUGGGGACAAUUGGCUGGAUUUCUUCAUCCCAGAUGGGUGGAAAGUGCUGGCGAGGAUGGAAAACAACUUGUCAGGGGUAGGAAUACUCUUGGCAGGAGCCUUUUGGAUUAAACAAAGCCUUUGCAGGGAGGUUGCAGAGCCCCGGUGGCCACUGCGAGACCUGGAGCUGAAUUCUGGCUUGGGGACAAUUUGGGGACAAGUGUCUGGUUCAAUGUGCUGGGGAUGGGUUCUGCUCCUCCAUCCUGCUCCCUGUGUUGUCAAAACAUGUGGAUUUGGCCAGCUGGAAAACAGGAACAUCAAAGCUCCAGUUUGUUUGCCUUGGGCCUGGUUUGAGAGCCGUGAAUGUGCUGUGCUCAGGCCUGGUGGUUGUGGGGGACUCUGCCUUCCACGGGGAUUUGUCAGGCUGGAUUUUACUGAGGAGGAGGAAAAAGGAUGGAAUUGUUUGUAAAUUUGGGUGUCAGCAGUGGGAGGGCAGUUCCUUAGGAAAUGUGUGCUGAGGAAAGAGGGAAUCCUGUGCUCCCAGGAAAAGCCCAAGCCACAGCUGGCUCCGUGUUUACUUUUCAACAAGGAUGAAUUUUUCUUGGCUUUUUAUUAAUUUACACCUAGUGGAACUUGAUGGGGGUGUUGGGUGUUGUGUGGAAAUGGGUUGUUUAGGCUCAACUUGCUAGUUUAGGGAAUGGUAAUGUGUUAACUCUGUUUGUAGCUGGCUGCUCACGUGGCCACUAAUCUCUGUGGUGCUCCUGCUGCCCUUCCCAGUGGGACAGGGAAUUCUUUGGGAUGUGGGCUGGAAGAGAGAGGUACCAAACUGUGAGUGCCACCGAGCUUUGGGUGCUUUGUGUGCUGGACUCAAAUGUGUGGUUCUGGUUUUUUGUGUGGAUUGCAAUCCUUGGAACUUUUGAGGCAAAGAGCACUUGGCUCGUCUUGUGUUCAUUAGCUUAAUUAAAGCAAUCUGCACUUUUGUUUUGUCAUUGAUUACUCCCCCUUCCCCGUUCCCAUGUGUAUUUUGCACUCACCACUUUAACAUGACACUGAUGGAUUAAUCUGGGCAUUUUCUGUAGGUUUUGAGUGUGGAUAAGUCUCUUUAUUAUAAAAAAUAUUAAAAAUGAAGGUGGAACAUAAAUCCCUGCUUUGUACAGAGGGCAGUGGGAGGAAACCAUUGGACAUCCACCACCACAAAUAUCCAUGUGGAACAUGAAAAGUUGCAUUUUAACCACCUCACCUGUCCAAGGGCUGGGGGUUUGCCUGUUCUUUUCUUGGUGAAUUUGAGUGGAAUGGGAUGUGUAAAAUCAACAUCUGGCUUACUUCACCCCAGGUUUUGGAAAGCUGAGCAAGCCCUGUGUGUUACUUUUACACCUGAUCAUUGUUACCCAAGGAGCCUUUUCCAAUUUCAAAUAAUAAAAAGCAAAGUUUUGUGAA